UGAGGGGAAUGAGCCUCCCGCCCUGAUCCUGGCUAGAGCCAAGUUGACAUUCCUGGAAUUCUGAGAACUGUGUGUAGUUUUGGGGGCGGUGGUGGCCUCCGCUUCCCGGGCUCCUCCCUCCAGCUCUCUGACUUCCCAGGAGAGGCCAUGGGGAGCAUCAUGGCUGCCCCACCUUAGCCCGCAUGUGUGCCUUCACCAGCGGUGUUCACGGAGGCCCCUUCGGGCGUUCGGGCGUCUGGUCCUGUCGUCUGUCUCUACUCUGCCUUGGCUCAGCCCCGACCAGGGGACCCUGGGGAGCCUCAGAGGGACCUGGUCCUGAGUGGAGGGCUGCUCCUCACCCCCCAGGAGCCUGUCCUGUCUCGGGAGCCUCCGCCCUGGUCUCCAGCGUGGCCGCGCUCCCUUCCCCCGGGCUGCAGCCGCCUUGGCUGUAUUGAGCACGGGCCCAGCUGCAGAGGAGCCGAGCAGCACCUGGCUUCGCUGCGGCAAGCCCAGAGCUGAAGCGCUGCAGCAUGGCGCGCGGCUGCCUCCAGGGCGUCAAGUUCCUCAUGUUCGCCUUCAACCUGCUCUUCUGGCUGGGGGGCUGCGGCAUCCUUGGGGUUGGCAUCUGGCUGGCUGCCACGCAGGGGAACUUCGCCACCCUGUCCUCCUCCUUCCCGUCCCUGUCGGCCGCCAACCUGCUCAUCGUGACUGGCGCCUUUGUCAUGGCCAUCGGCUUCGGGGGCUGCGUCGGGGCCAUCAGGGAGAGCAAGUGCCUCCUGCUCACGUUCUUCGUGAUGCUGCUGCUGGUGUUCCUGCUGGAAGCCACCAUCACCAUCCUCUUCUUCGCCUACACUGACAAGAUCGACAGAUACGCCCAGCAAGACCUGAAGAAAGGUCUGCACCUGUACGGCACCCCAGGCAACGUGGGCCUCACCAAUGCCUGGAGCAUCAUCCAGACGGAUUUCCGCUGCUGUGGGGUCUCCAACUACACCGACUGGUUCGAGGUCUAUAAUGCCACCCGCGUGCCCGACUCCUGCUGCCUGGAGUUCAGUGACAGCUGUGGACUCCACACACCUGGCACCUGGUGGAAGGCGCCGUGUUACGAGACUGUGAAGAUGUGGCUCCAGGAGAACCUCCUGGCCGUGGGCAUCUUCGGGCUGUGCACUGCCCUGGUACAGAUCCUGGGUCUGACCUUUGCCAUGACCAUGUACUGCCAGGUGGUGAAGGCAGAUACCUACUGCGCGUAGGCCUCGCUGCCUGCCACCCCCACCCCCCACCUCGCUGCCAAAGGACGUCGUCUUCCUGCCUCUCCUGCUGCAGGACCCCGCACCGUCCUGGGCACGGCGAAGGGGAGGCGCGGCCGCUGGGACCCCCAGCCAGCCCUGUGAGCACCACGCUGGACUCGGGGUGGCCGAGCAGGGACAACAUGCGCAGGGCUGGGGGUGGGAGGAGCUUCUGGCGCUUUUCAUAUCCGUGUAUUCUGCAGAGCAGUGCUUCCCCCACGGCCGGGGCCUUUCGCCCGUGGGGUGGGGGUGAAGGGCCGCCUGCCGGUCCUGGUGCUCACGGCGGGCAGCCCCGCCACCCACAUUCCACAGCGGAGCCAGGGCGGGCUCUGGGAGGUCUUAAUAAAGCGCGUGGACAGCA